AUUGUGGCUGGUGAGCUUCUACUCACCAGAGAAUAAUAUAGAGCGAUGGAACAUACAGGAAGGAAAGAACUUAUAGAAUCUUGUUUUAGAGACUGCGUUGGUGGUGAUGUACUCCUUCUACAAUGCAUGGGAUUAUACUCAAUGGGUAAUAUUUUUAGGGAUGAUAGACCACGGUGGUACUAUUGGGAAGUUAUACCAUACAGUAUUGGACUGGCAACAAUAACAUUUGCUCUUAUAUUCGACACACGUAAUGUGUACGAUACUGCUCAAGUUAAUUUCAUGUUAUCCAUUGAAGUGGCUGCAGCUGUAUUUACAGUUACUUUAGCUGUAUUCAAAGUACAAUCAAUCUAUGGCACUGGCAGCAUUGAUCCACUCGACGGAAGCUUAAAUGGAUAUCGUAUAUUGUUGCGUCGAAAGGAGCUUUACGACAUAUUGAAAGUUUGCCACCAGCGAUGGAUUAUCCAAACAUCACGGAGUGCUAUAACAGAGAGGGCCAUAGAAAAUGCUAAGAAUGCACGGGUACUCAGGAUGUGUUAUGCUGUAGCUGUCAUUGGGACUGUUGGAUCUUACAACUUGCGUCCUUAUAUAUUAUACCUCAAAUUUCGACUUUCUGAGACGAAUGAUUCCUUCGAUUUUUCGCAAACCGUUUAUCCGGCUCAUUAUCCUUUCGUGUUAAAUUCAUUUACGCAGUAUUUUUUGUGUGCCGCCUGGGAGCACAUGGGCUUAUAUUUUUUAGCUCUCUGGUGGAUAUCAGCGGACUGCCUUUUUACUCAAUUCUCCACAUAUUUUGCAAUUGAAUUCAAUAUACUUGCAAAUGAUAUUCGUUGCAUAGAUUUAACAACCAAGUCCACAAGUCCGAGAAAUACGGUGAUAAUUGUGAAAGAAUUGAAGAGAAUUAUACGCGAGCAUGUUAAAUUACUUUCAUAUGUUCAUGCGAUGGAAGAAUGGUAUAAUCCAAUAAUUUUUGCUACUAUAUUACUCAAUGGACUGAACUUGUGCAGCCUCCUUUACAGUCUGCAAUAUGUAUUUCAUUAUUUAUUCAAUGAGUUUUACCGUAUAAUAUAUGCUACAUUUAGAUUUCUUCACACUAAUCAAUUAAAAUAUUUACAGAGAAUCGCAGCAAAUAAUUGGAAAGAUGUCAUUAAAAAUACGAGUCAUGUAGCUGCCACCAUUAUGCAGACUAUUAUAUUUUGUUCAUAUGCUCAGUAUCUGAGUGAUGAGAUCAAUGGAUUCCGCCAAGCAGUUUAUGAAUGUUCAUGGACAAACUUCAAUCUAUCAACACAGGCCAUUAUUUUAGUGAUAAUGAUCCACACAGAACGUGAUUACACGUUUUCAGCGUACGGAUUGUUUAACUUAAAUAUGGGUCAAGUCACUACAAUAUUCAGCACUGCAAUGAGAUUUUUGACAAUGUUACGAAAUCUCACCUAAGUAACAUGUAUGAGCUUUUUUAGAAAAAUUUUCCAAGUAAUAUAUAUCUUUGUAGUCUAUAAUCCAAUAAACAAACUGGUUGGGGUACAAUUUUCUACUAAA